AUGAUCUUGAAUAACCUGGUUCUUCUUGCAGGAACUGUGGCUUCGCUUAGUACUUCUUCUUCAUUACCUCAUCAUGAGAACCCCGAAGCUAUCAGCUGCUCCACAUCAGCGAGCCAAGCGACACCCAGUUGGCGGCAGCAGCAGAUUUUCGAGACGUUCAUCCAGAGAUUCUUCGUCCAAAAAGAUGCAAAGGCGGCAAUUUUAGCCAACAUGUCCGUAAACUACACCCAGCACAACCCCAACGCUCUCAGCGGACGCCAAAACGCCAUCGACUAUGUUGGCCCAAUCUUCGACGCUGCGAACUUCACAAUCCUGCGGCGCUCGUUUAGCAACAACAUUGGAUGGGUUCAUACCAAAAUGGAGAUUCCAGGCUUGCCGCUGACUGCGGUGGUGGAUAUUUUCAGGUUCGAAGGAAGCUGCAUUGUUGAGCACUGGGAUGUUGCAACGGCGAUGCCGCCUAAUGCUACAAAUCCUUUGGCGCUAUUUUGA